UAUAUAAAUUCAAAUCUUUAGUCUUGUUUUAAAAUACUAACAAACAACUUAACCAAUCUAAUUUCUAUUUUCAAUACCUCACUUACACAGCCUCCACUAAUCCUCUCUCUCACCCUAGCUAAUUCCCAUUUUCCCCUUUUCCCAAAACCCUCGGCCCUCUUUCAGAUCCACGGCGCCUCCUUCCGGCGGAGGCGCCAUACCUUCGCUAUAAGACCGGCACCAGGACCGUGGCUCCUCCAUAGCCGGAUUUCGCUCUUCUCGGAUGGCGUGGUGCCUCUGCCUUUGCGGUUGGGCAUGGCUGUCUCGGGUAUGGUGGGAUUCGUGCUGGUGGUGGAUCUGCGGUCAGCGUCUUUGCUGUGCAACGAUGGAGGGGCUGAGGUUGGCGGUGGUCUCUGUCCCCUUGUCCUGCUUCUCCGUGGUGCGUGGAGAGCGGGUUCUCCGGCGGGGCGGUGGUGGCGAGCUCGCCGGAUUGUGUGGGGGCUAGGAGUAGCGCACGCUCCUGGUGUUGGCCCGGCGGUGUAGCCUCCGUAGAGAGGAUGGGUUUGACGGUCUGGUGCGAGUCUUUUGACGUUCGUGUCGUUCUCGUGGCCGUGUAUGCCGCUUUCCGUUACCUUUCUUGGUGGAUAUUCCGCCUGGGCUGGGUUCGAGUGGUGUAGGUGUGGUAAUAAUAUUGACAUAGCAGAUUCGACAAAAUAUUUCAAUUAGGAGAUUCGAUUUCUGACACUGGAAAUUUGAUCCGUGAGAGGCGGGUGGGGCCCGCAACAGCCUAUGCACGCCUACCCUAUGGCCAAGACUUCUUCCUCAGGACACCCACUGGCCGUUGCUCCAAUGGUCUUCUCAUGAUUGAUUUCAUAGCAAGAGCCGCCGGACUUCCUCUUCUGCACGCGUACAAGGACCCAAAGGGGGAAUUCAGUCACGGGGUAAACUUUGCUGUGGCGGGCUCCACAGCCUUACCGUUAGACACGCUGGCUGCCAUGCGUGUAUUCUCCCCCGGCACAAGGAGCUCUCUCCACGUCCAGUUGGACUGGCUUUUCACAUAUCUCAACUCCACAUGCACUCAUCAUCAAGAUUGUGCGGAGAAAGUCAAGAACGCCCUCUUCAUGGUGGGUGAAAUUGGAGGCAACGACUACAAUUUUGCGACAUUUCAGGGGAAGAAGUCGAUGGACGAGCUGAGGCGCAUGGUGCCGCGAGUGGUCAAAACCAUUCUCUAUGGUGUUAGGAGAACAAUUGAGUUGGGGGCAAAGAGAGUGGUGGUGCCCGGGAACUUCCCGGUCGGCUGCAUCCCCAUUUACAAGACGGCUUUCAAAACGAACAAUUCAUCCGCAUACGACAAUAACGGAUGCUUGAAGCAUUUAAACGAGUUUGCAGAGUACCACAAUCGGGAGCUUCAAAAUGGGAUUAAUAGGAUGAUCCAAGAAAAGCCGAAUGCAAUCAUUGUAUACGCCGAUUACUACAAGGCAUACGAGUUCCUCCUCCAUUUCGCAAAGCAUCAUGGAAUGGAUUGGGAGAGGGCGUGCUGUGGGAUUGGGGGAAAGUACAAUUUCAACACAGGGAGAAUGUGUGGGGCCCUCGGAGUUCCGGUUUGUAGGAAUGCUCAUAGGUACGUGAGUUGGGAUGGGAUUCACAUGACUCAACAAGGUUACAGGAUUAUGUCUGGCUGGUUGGUUCGCGACCUGCUCUCCAAGCUCCGUUGCUUGGAGAGGCUGCCCUGAUUGGAUAAUUAACUCUAUAAAUAGGCUUCAAACCGCCAAGUUUUGUUUUCUUUUUUCAAAUUCUCAAGAUGGUUUGAGUAUUCAUCUUAAGAGAUUAGUUGUUUUAUCUAGUCUGUUUCAUGCAAAGAAAAAUAAACAAAUUUGUUAGUUUUUUGUUUUUUUUUUUGUUUU